AUGCCUUUCCUUGACCAUCUCCUCACCUACAAGAUCACAGCUUACAACACUAGGCACCAAAGAGGAAGAAAGCUUAGUAUUGGAGGGCUCAUCACACCUAUCUUGUGUGCUGCUGGAGUGAACCCAACUGAUAGGAGAGCUACUGAACCAGUUGGGCAUGAGGAUGAUUGCGAGCCUGAGCUCGAUCGAGCUGAGUCUCGAGCUGAGGUCGAGCUGAGGAUCGAGCUGAAUAUCAGGUCCAGGAGAGCGGAUUUGGGGAAAGCCAUUGAGAAGAUGCAAAAGUCCAUGGACAAGAUGGUGAGCAAGAUCAAAAGUUUGGAGAAGAAGGUUUCUGGUUCUUCAAGCAAGAAGAAGUCCAAGGCCCCCACAUUCCCUAGGAGUAGUCACUCCUCACCACUCCAAGAAGGCUCCCUGCCCAAGAGCCUCACAGAGCCUCUUCUUUCGAGCCAAGAGAAGGAGAGGACAACACGCAGAGAAGGAGGAAGAGUUCUAAGGCCAGACGCUCCAGCUCGACCACCGGACUCGAUCGAGUCCAAUCAGAGGAAACUCAACUCGAUCGAGCUGACGGUCGAGUUGACUGAGGAGCCCCAGUUUGAGAUCCGGGAUUUCGAGUACGAUCAACCCAGUACCAGGACUUCUCUCAGAGAUGGACCCCUACAAGCUUCGAGCGAGCACAAGCUCCACCAAGGCCAAGGAAGCCACACCCACUUUGAAGAUGAAGAAGAGAGGAAGAGGAGCCACAAGCUCGAUCGAGUGAGCCGAACCCAGUUGAGUGGAGUGCUCCUGAUGGCCGUCUCCCAUCUCCAGACCACGACCUAG